GAGGAACAAAGAGCCUUCGCAGCUAAAAUUGAGCAAGUGAAGGAGUCAUUAAAGUACCAGUCCAGCAUGGAAAACAACGGCAAUGCCGUUCCACUUCAAGAAAUUGUCCUUUCUCCAUCACAACAGUUGACUGUACCGACACCGAAACCAAGUUAUCCACAAGCUUUCACGAGAGUAGCAUCAAUCCCCCUAGCUCAACAAGCAGCUGAAGCUGCCAUGAACUCACAGGCGACGUUACCAACCCCUCAGAUUACGUUACCACCAUACUUCAUCGCUCCACCGCCUGGGUAUAAAGGGCCGCUACCACCACCACCUCCACCGCCACCUUUGAUUCCUCGAAUUCAAGGCGAGGAUCUUAGAAGAGCACCCCUGGUGAACACCGCAGUGCCAUUGUUCAAGGUGGACAGCUCAUCACCUCAAACGGCCAAUACACCUUAUUACCCUCCCACCAUCAGUGCUGAGACUUUAGCUCCGGUUAUCAUUUCACCCACAACGUCUACCCUACCUUCUACGACUACAAAGCAAGCGCUACCACAAGGACCCGAUAAAACUGGUUUUGAAAGGGGUCGAUCGGAGGUUAAGACGUCGUUUUUCGAGGAUUCCGGUCUGAUGGUCCAAGCGCUUCCAUCUGCUCCUGUAAAUCCACCAUCGAGUUUUGGUCCACCUGGCGGCGGAGGAGCAGGAUUUGGAGGUUAG